CAAUCCGACCGGAGCGGAAUGCGCUGGCCUGGAUCCAUGAGGGAACCACGAGCGCGGCCAUUAUUACCCCCGCUGCGGUGGCAACAACAACAACAACCCGCCCCGGCCUUCCUCCGCUCACUCCUCCCGCGUCCUCCCGCCGACGAUCCCCUCUCCUCCUCCUGCUCCCAUCCUCUCCCACGCCGGAUCAGCGGCCACCCACCCAGCUCGCCACCUCGCGCGUCAGCAGAUCUGCCCUCCCGGCGCGGCGCGGGAACCAUCUCUCUCUCGGCGGCACCACCGACGGUCCUCCCCUGGUGUCCCUAACCCGCCACGCAUAUGACGUGCUCCUAAAUUUCAGCGCCCUUGUUUUACAGUGGAGCCAUCUGCGGCUAUUUCAUCUCCUUCAAAGUAAAACUUUGGUAAAGUUGCUUCCAAAUGUCAACCGCAAAAGUCCUGGAUCCUGCUUUUCAAGGAGCUGGCCAAAAAGUUGGGAUAGAAAUAUGGCGAAUCGAAGAUUUUAAGCCAGUUCCUUUGCCAAAAUCUGAUUAUGGUAAAUUCUAUUGUGGAGAUUCAUACAUAGUUCUGCAGACAACCUCUCCUAAGGGUGGUGCAUAUCUGUAUGACAUCCACUUCUGGAUUGGGAAAGAUUCAAGUCAAGAUGAAGCUGGCACUGCAGCAAUCAAGACGGUUGAACUGGAUUCCAUACUCGGGGGGCGCGCGGUCCAGCAUAGGGAACUCCAAGGUUAUGAAUCUGACAAGUUCCUGUCAUACUUCAAACCUUGCAUCAUACCUAUGGAGGGUGGAUUCGCCUCUGGGUUCAAAACGCCUGAAGAGGACAAGUUCGAAACACGGCUAUAUAUUUGCAAAGGGAGGAGAGCUAUUCGAAUUAAAGAGGUUCCUUUUGCACGUUCAUCAUUAAACCAUGAUGAUGUGUUUAUCUUAGAUACUGAAAGUAAAAUUUAUCAAUUCAAUGGUGCUAACUCCAAUAUCCAAGAAAGGGCUAAAUCAUUGGAAGUUAUCCAACAUUUAAAGGAGAAGUACCAUGGGGGUGUGUGUGAUGUCGCAAUCGUUGAUGAUGGAAAACUACAAGCAGAAUCAGACUCUGGUGAAUUCUGGGUUCUUUUUGGAGGGUUUGCACCAAUUGGGAAAAAAACUGUCAGCGAUGAUGAUGUUGUACUUGAAACUACACCACCCAAGCUCUACAGUAUCAAUGAUGGUCAAUUAAAGUUGGAAGACACUGCUCUUACAAAAGCAGUCCUUGAGAACACGAGAUGUUUCUUACUUGACUGUGGGGCUGAAAUGUUUGUAUGGGUUGGCCGGGUAACACAACUGGAUGAUAGAAAAGCUACCACAAAAGCAGUUGAGGAAUUCAUCAUUGAUCAGAAAAGGCCAAAGACAACAAGAGUGACUCAAGUGAUUCAAGGUUAUGAGAGUCAUGCAUUCAAGUCGAAAUUUGAAUCAUGGCCUGUGGGAAAUGUAGCAGGGAACUCGGGCGCAGAGGAUGGGCGCGGAAAAGUUGCAGCUUUAUUGAAGCAACAAGGUGUCGAUGUAAAGGGAGCUGCAAAAAGCAGCACGCCAAUAAACGAGGAAGUUCCUCCUUUGCUCGAAGGCGGUGGGAAACUUGAGGUGUGGUGCGUUGAUGGAAGUGCUAAAACCGUGCUGCCAAAAGAGGACAACGGAAAAUUUUACAGUGGAGACUGUUAUAUCGUUCUUUACACAUAUCAUUCGGGUGACAAGAAAGAAGAAUAUUACCUCAAUUACUGGAUAGGAAAGGAUAGCACGACGGAUGAUCAAGCGAUGGCAGCUGAAUUAGCCAACACGAUGUGGAAUUCACUGAAAGGAAGGCCUGUUCUGGGUCGUAUUUUUCAAGGGAAAGAACCACCACAAUUCGUUGCUCUUUUCCAGCCCAUGGUUAUCUUGAAGGGUGGAAUCGGUUCUGGAUACAAGAAAAUCGCAGAAGAAAAGGGCGUGGGCAGUGGAAUGUACUCUGCUGAAGGCAUCGCUCUAUUUCGAGUAUCUGGAACAGCGAUCCAUAACAAUAAAACACUUCAAGUUGACGCGAAAGCUACAUCUUUGAGCUCCACAGAUUGUUUUGUAUUGCAAUCUGGAAGCGCAAUGUUUACAUGGCAUGGCAAUUCUAGCACUUAUGAGCAACAGCAGUGGGCAGCGAAAGUUGCUGAGUUCUUGAAGCCUGGUGCAACAGUGAAACAUAGCAAGGAGGGAACAGAGAGUUCUGCUUUCUGGUUUGCUCUUGAUGGGAAACAGAGCUAUACAAACAAAACCGUCACACAGGAUAUUAUUGUUAGAGAGCCUCAUUUGUAUGCCUUCUCUUUCAGGAAAGGGAGGCUGGAGGUUACUGAGAUUUUCAACUUUUGCCAAGAUGAUUUGUUGACCGAAGAUAUGAUGAUUCUUGACACACACGGCGAGGUGUUUAUUUGGAUCGGUCAGUGUGUGGAAUCUAAAGAGAAACAUAAGGCAUUCGAUAUUGGCCAGAAAUACAUAGAGCAUGCAAUGUCUAUUGAAGAUCUUUCGGCAUAUGUACCACUUUAUAAAGUCUCUGAAGGGAAUGAGCCAUCCUUCUUCAAGACAUACUUCUCUUGGGAUAACACAAAAUCCGUGGUCCAUGGAAAUUCGUUCCAGAAGAAACUUUCACUUCUUUUUGGCUUACGCUCAGAGAGCACAUCUAGGAGCUCUGGUAAUGGUGGACCCACUCAAAGGGCAUCUGCAUUAGCAGCUUUAUCAUCUGCAUUCAAUCCAUCUUCGCAGCAGAAGCAGGCUAAUGAUAGUAGGCCUGCAAGCUCGGGUGAUGGUGGGCCCACUCAGCGUGCCUCAGCACUAGCUGCUUUAUCUAAUGCAUUUAAUCCGUCCUCAAAACCAAAAACUCCACCUCCGUCCCGUUCAGGUCAAGGUUCACAAAGAGCAGCUGCAGUUGCUGCACUAUCCUCUGUGCUGACUGCUGAACAGUCUGGAUCAUCUGAUAAUCUCCGAGCUAGCAAAAUGAGCACAACAGCAGAAAAGAUUGAUGCGGAUGUGGCCGUAAUAACUCCAUCUGAGGCAUCUCCUCGCUCUGAGGCUGGGGAAUCCUCUGAAUUUCAGUCAGAGAAAGAUGCUGUAGUAGAUGAGGUGCCAUCUGAGGGAGAUGGAGCUGAGCCUGAGGCACCAGAGGAACAAACAACCGAACAUGUUGGGGAAGUAACAUUUAGCUAUGACCGCUUGAUAUCUAAAUCUGCCGAUCCUAUUCGCGGGAUAGACUAUAAGCGCAGAGAGGCAUACUUGUCGGAGAGUGAAUUCCAAACUGUUUUCGGCGUCACCAAGGACGCAUUCUACCAACAGCCAGCAUGGAAGCAAGAGUUACAAAAACGAAAAGCUGAUCUUUUCUGAGCACCCGUCUGUCUCUGUUCGUGCUGCAAAAUGAGAUCAAUCAUAUGUGCUUCAUUUAAUCUCAUGAUUGAUUGCCAUGAUCAUGAUUAGUACGUCUGCCCAAUUGUUGGUCAUUUUCUGUGGACGGCUUGGUCAGUUGGUUUCCCGAUUUUUAUAGGUCAUUCUUUUGUUUGUACAUGGACCGAGUUGUGCUGCUUGCGAGGUUAUAUACUCUAGCUUGGUUUGUGAUUGUCCAUAUGUGUAUUUUUUUCCUUGGUUGUUCACGUACGAAUGGGCACUCCUUGGUAGUUUUGCAAGGUCAUUGGUACUGUCAUUCAGAUGUACCACGGACAUAUGUGUUACGUUACCUAUAUAUUUAGUUGUGCUGUUAAAGAUUGCUGGAACU